CCAGGAGCUAUACUCAUAAAGUUAUGUUCUUUCAAGGGGCAAUUCUUCUGGUGUCCAGUCGUGGCUCAUUACUGACAUGUUGGCAGUAGAUUCUGUAAAACUAGGAGAUUAUUUAAAAAAAAAAACUAGGAUAGUUAAGGAAUGGGAUGGUGGGUCCAUACUUAGACCUACACCGAAGAGACUUUCAAGUUUCGUCCCCAUUCUGCUGAAACAACUCGUCCUUCUGCUAAACUCUCUACCCCUCCUCACCUACGUCACUUGCGCAGCCGUGGCGUCCCUACCAGGCAAACAACAUGGAGUCCUGAAUUUGGCCACUACGAAAGAUUUACAGUCAAAACUGCAUUCCAAUGUGAUCUCCGACGUGAUCAGGAUUAUACGGCGACACACCGAGACACAUGUGCCAGCCGUAAGAGUACACUGCUUCGACAGAAAUAAAGCAUGAAGACCGCUGGUUAAGGUUACACCAAUCCUGCCAACCAGGCCGAAUACCUGGAUACACUCUGCACAAUGUAAUAGAGGACGCUCCGGCAACGCUGUGCACAAGGCAACCAUGGAAUCUGGAGGGGGUACACACCCCUCUGGUGAUCAUCCGCGCACCUUAGGGACCAAUCAGGGGUCUCUGCCUACGGUCAGUGCACAGGACUCGACAUCGCUCACACCCCUAAACCGCACCUUACAGGAUCCCUGUUCCUCAGAUGAGAAGGAAGAGUUCUCAUGUGGUGUGCACCUGCUGAACAAGAAUGGAGACAGAGACUCAGAGGGCACACAGGGCCUGCUUGCCAAGGCCGGGUCCGGGAGGAGUGCACAGAGGAGGUCCAAGUCCUCAGCCUUUCCCUCCUCCUUGACCUGGGACUCAGACUCGGAGAAAGAGACACAAGACGAGGAGGAGCUACAGCACUUUUGUAACCCUCAUGGUCUCGCCGCCCACAGCCCUGGAUCACCCACCUCGGGAUGUGAGCCAGACAGAAUAGUCCAAGAGAGUUGCCAAACACCAGAGAACCCUAAGCUUGCACUCCCUGAGAAAGACUUACUCAUGCCUAUCCAGGACCAAGUGGUCAACACACAGAAGGAGGGGUCAAAGAGAAUGCUCUCCACAGAACCAAAAUUGUCAGAUGCUGAAGCUGAGAAUGUAUCAAGAGAAAAAGAGAAAUUUUUGCCCAAAUCAAAAGUAAAACCAAAGGGGGGCUGCUCCAAGGAGGAGACUAAGGAUGAUCAGCAAAAAGCUAAAGAUAUGGGUCAAGAAAAGGAUGUAUACACCUUCCCUGGGGACUCGGACCCUGAGAGCCCUCCACCGGGCCCCUGGGCGCACUGCACCUUUGUGGAGCGGCGGAGGAGGAAACGGGCCCUGCUGAGGCCUUUCUCUGGUCUGGGCAGCUGGCAGCGUUCAGUGCCAGGUUCUGGCCGGAAAUCAAGGGCCGCCGUCCUCAGACCGAAGGAGUGCGGGACUGUAGUUCCUAACAGAGGAGUCUUUGAUUUUAAGGAGGAGGAAGAGGCAGAUGAAGAAGAGGAUGAAGACAACAAAGAGGUGGAUGAGGAAAAGGAGGAGGAGGCAGAGAGGAAAGAGCCAAUGCUGAAAAGUGAGACGCCACAGGAGCCAAACCAAGAUAUUUGCCCAGAGAUUUUCACCUGCGUGGAAUGUAGCAUUUACUUCAAGAAGAAGUGCCACCUCCAGGACCACAUGGGAGAGCACAACCAGAGGGAAGGACGAGGGGGCAAGGCUACCGGUAGCUGGCGAGGCAAGGCCACUCGCUUUGAGUGCAAGGAGUGUGGGCAGCUGCUGGAAGACAGGUUAGCGCUAACGAACCACCAGAGGCGGCACAGAGAGUCUCGCUGUAAGAUCCUGGAGGAGAUCAGCAAGCUAAAUGAGAGCGGGAAAAUGGUGGGGGAACGGAGCGGGGGACGUGUCAGGGUGACAGAGCCCAGAGGCAAAAAGCCCACUCCCGUCUGCCAUCAGUUUGUUUGCCUGAAGUGCAACUUCAGCACGGACAUUCCCCAGGAGCUCGCCGACCAUGCCAAAGCACAUGCUCCUCGAAAGAGAGCUGGCAUGCUGCGCUGUUCCCCGCGCCUCCAGCCAAAACUUUCCUCAGCAGAGAAAAUCCAGCCCCCUGGUGCCCGGCCCACAGGCCUGGCCACCGCACUGUCCUGUGAUCAGCACUCCGUGCAGGAAUCUAGCGGCCCUGGGCUUUGCGAGCACCUUUGUCCAGCUCACUCCUCACAGACCAGCACCGCAGAGAUGGAGGGACAAAAGGAGCCAGGCCCACAUGCAGAGCCUGCCCUUGAUCUUGCAGUCACUCCUCAAGUUCUUUCCGACCCUCUGGAGAAGCACAUUGUGCCCAGGCAGACUCCUCCGCAAGCGGGGCCGAGCCAAGAAGUGGUUGAUGCCCUCGUUGCAAACGAUGCAGCGAUGGAAGAUCGCUCCCACCAGGCGACGCCGGCCGAGACGGGGCCAGAAAAUCCAGAGCCUGCGCCGCCAAAAAGGGAGGUGGCAUUCAAGAGCAUUGGGAUUCGGAGGUCUUCUCGGGGGAGGAAGGGAAGCAGCAGACCAGGGCAGUCCUUGGCCAGAGAGGACAACGCUUCUGAUAUGGCAGAUCAGGAACAGAGCCAGGUGGACAUAAAAGACCAACCCUUGAAGAAGACUCAAAGUAUUCCAGAGGCAUCAGCUGGACCCAGUGUGGACAACAGCAAAGACCCUGUGGAGGUGCGCGCUGCGGCCAAGCAGCUGAAAUGCAGUUUCUCAGCCAGCCUGCAGGGGGCGACAGAAGGGCAGCAGGUUCAGCUCAAACACAUGGUGCCCCUGGUCCUCAUUGAGUCCCUCUUCCUUGACUCUCAAACUCCCCUCUCGUACCCCGGUUUUGGGGAGCGAAGCAAAACACUGGAUGGCCCAUCAACACAGCAGCCCCCCAUUGAUCUCUCAUCCCCCAAACAGAGAAAAUUGAAGCAGGAACCAGAUAACUGGGAAGCUACUGAGAGUGUGGAGAAGAUCUCUGCCAUUAAACUAGAGAGUGAAAAGGAGGAGGAUGAGUAUGGUAGUGAAGCUGAAGGCGAUGUUACGAGGUUCCUGAAUGAGCCCUUGUCUGAUGACGAUGACGAUGAUGAUGAUGAUGAUGAUGAUGAUAAUGAUGAUGAUGAUGAUGGUGGGCCAAUGAAGAACAUGGAGAGGAAGUGCCCUUAUUGCCCAGAACGAUUCUACAAUGGCAUUGGAUUGGCCAAUCAUGUUAGAGGACACCUCAACAGAGUGGGCGUCAGCUACAAUGUGCGUCAUUUCAUUUCCCCUGAGGAAGUCAAUGCCAUUGAGAAAAAAUGUUCCUACCAGAAAAAGAAGAAGAAAGUUGCCAACUUCGACCCAGAUACCUUCAGCGUGAUGCGAUGUGAGUUCUGCAGUGCCGGCUUCGACACCAGAGCUGGACUGUCCAGCCAUGCGCGUGCCCACCUGCGUGACUUUGGCAUCACCAACUGGGAGGUGACCGUCUCCCCCAUCCACAUCCUCCGUGAGCUUUUCUCCAGCAGGCCAGACCUUGUCUUACCUACAGCCCCACCACGCUCCCCAACUUCAGGGGAGGAGAUGGAUCCAGAUCUCGACUCUGAGACAGACAAACCAAGCUCAGCUGGACAUAAGAGGAAAGAGGAUAAUGAUGUCCCAAAACAAUCAUCACCUCUACCUCGGAAGAAACAUAGUGUCUGCGACCGAGAGGGGGAGGAACAGCAGCAGAAUGAGGAUGAGGAAGAUGAGAUGCCUGUGCUAGAUGGCAUGGCUCCCAGUCCUGCUGAGAUUCUCUCACCCCUGGAGUCAGAGAACCACUCCUCGAGAGAAGGUGCCGACAGCAAGGGGGUGCUGAAGUGCAAGGUUUGCGGAGCCCUGUUUGAGACGAGACGGGGCCUGUCGAGCCAUGCGCGCUCUCACCUGCGGCAGCUCGGCGUGGGUGUGUCGGAGAGCAGCGGCGCUCCCAUCGACCUCCUCUACCAGAUCGCCAAGGAGCGUUCGCUGCCCCACUCCCCCAAGUCACCCCCUCAGUCCAAGAGGUCCCCACGAGACAUGUCCACCCCCAGCCCCCCUCGCCAGGAGAAGCAGGAGAGGCGUGUGGAUGAGGAAGAAGAAGAGGAGGAGGAUGUCAAACCCCCUCCUAUUCUGACGUCCGCAGUUCAACUGCCCCCUUCACCCUCCAUCCCAUCUCCGGCCGGCUCCAUGCCCCCUUCGCCGUUCGUCAGGUCCCGCUCCCCCUCGCCGGUGCUGAGGAAGGCUCCCAUCUCCUCGCUGCUCCCGGUGUCAUCUCCGCUGCGCUCCCUGGAUGGCAGGGGUGGAAUGGGCAAGACCAUCCUCGCUCCUCCCCUUCCUCCCUCUAAGCCCUACUGGGCUCCACAGGAAACGGAUGCCCCCCUCAACCUCACGAUGGAGCCCGACCCCAACAAGGACAUUGUGUGUCAGUUAUGUGGCGCGUGGUUUGAGACUCGCAAGGGCCUGUCGAGUCACGCGCGCGCCCACCUGCGCCACUUUGGCGUGGAGUACUCUGAGUCCAAGGGCUCGCCCAUCGACCUGCUCAACCGCCUUAUCCUCACCGACGACUUCAAGCGCCGGGUGGCCAGCCUCUCCCCCUCGGCCGGCAUCGAGGACCUCCGCAGCCUGGUCUCCUUUUCCACCUCCACGUCCUCUUCCCCCUCCUCGUCAUCGGCCUCCUCCAAGCGGCCACUGCUGGCCUCAUCCCAUGCCUCCCCGCUCCUGUUCAAAGCCAGCGCAGGGAGCGGCAGGGCAGGCCCCAAAACUACCUCCUCCCUGUUUGGGCCGCCCAGCAAAAAGCCCCGAGCUUCCCCACAGCAAGUCUUCCGCCUGAGUGGUGGGGAGCUGACGCCCUACUCCCAAGCUGAACCACUGAAAGAUGUGGGUUGUGAGUUCUGCGGCGAGUACUUUGAGAACCGCAAGGGCCUCUCGAGCCACGCUCGCUCCCACCUGCGGCAGAUGGGCAUCACCGAGUGGUCAGUCAACGGCUCCCCCAUCGACACACUCCGCGAGAUCAUCACGCGGCGCGGUCUGCCCUGCGCUCUGCCCCUCAAGUCCCCUCGCUCCUCGCCCGGCCCGGGGCCCCCGCGGCUCUCCCUCCCCUCCCCCCCGGCUGGACUCCUCAGGCGCCUCCCGUUCCCCUUCACCCACCCGCCAGGACACCACCAGCCCACCGCCCGCAGGAUGGAGCCCUCCGCCUCGGCCUCCAGGGCCUCGGCCAGCCCCUCCACCACCCCCAGCUCGGCCUUCCCGCUCAAGCCCAAGCCGGAGCCCGUCCAGCUGGAGGUCACCGCGCCGAGUGGCACGUUGGACAGUGGGGAGGGCGGAGGGGUGGGAGGCUUCACCAUGGAGCGUCUGGGCCCCAGCUGGGUCAGCUCAGACAGCCUGCACCCCAUCAGCAUGAGCAUGGCUCAUGACUCGGAGCCCACGCGGGACAUCCGCUGCGAGUUCUGCGGCGAGUACUUCGAGAACCGCAAGGGCCUCUCGAGCCACGCCCGCUCCCACCUGCGGCAGAUGGGCAUCACCGAGUGGUCAGUCAACGGCUCCCCGAUCGACACGCUCCGCGAGAUCAUGCGCAAGCAGCAGCAGCAGGGGGGCUCUUCCUCCUCCUCCUCCUCCUCCCCCGCCCGACACCCACCCAACUCCCCCUCCAGCACCGGGGUGAAGAAAGAGCCCCGACCCGGCAGCAGCCCCACCUGGGAGGGCCUCCAGCCCCAGCAGCCGCACAGGUUCUCCCGGAAGCCCCCCCUCAACCUGCUGCACCCGGGGCAGCCCAGGCUGCACAAGCACGCCGUGGGGCUGGCCGGUGUCUCCAGGCCCCUGCAGGCGGGGAGGUUUUUCGCAGCCGUGGCCCAGCAGGGCAAAACAAGGGAGGAAGGCCAGCGACCGGCCCAGGAGAGGGGAAGCAACCAGGGGCCACAACCGAAGGCCUUCUCGCCACCUCCACAGGACUUCUCCUUCAAGGGGAAGACAUCGCCAGACAAGCAUGGGGUAGGCCACUUGGAUGCCAGCUGUGAGCUGUGUGGCUUUUACUUUGAGAACCGCAAGGCCCUGGCCAGUCACGCACGAGCGCACCUGCGGCAGUUCGGCGUGACCGAGUGGUCUGUGAACGGCUCUCCCAUCGAGACGCUGAGCGCCUGGAUGCGCAGUCGGCCGCACAAGGUGGCAGAGAUGCAUCGUGGGUACAUGCAAGGUGGACGCUCUGGUUCAAAGAAGAGGGGUAGUUCCUCUCUCUCACCCUCGUCUGAUUCCGGCCACACCUCUCCGGUAGCCCAGAAGCCUUCCUCAGCACUGUGGUCAUCUCUGUCACAGAGUCGGAACAGGGCCAGCGAGGUUGCUGGAGGUCAGUGGGGUUCAUCGAGGUCAAUGGAGGUCAGAGCAGGAAACCGAACCUCUCAGCAUGGCCACGCUCCUCAGGUCUCCAGUCCUGCCUUGCCACACGCGCAGGUCGCCCGAAGUGAGCUUAAUGUUCGCUUACCACGAGGCUUUGAGCGGCGGCCUCUAAAGCACCCGUCCCACCCAGACGCAGGAGAAAGAGAGACUGGCCCCCCCAAACCCCCCCGCACCAGCACUGUCCCUGCGCUGGUGCCCAAGCCCCCCUCAACCCCGCUGGUCAAAGUGGUGGGCAAAAUCUACUCCCUCAAGUGCCGGUUUUGUGAGGUCGAGUUCCACGGGCCCCUCUCAGUGCAAGAGGACUGGAUCCGGCACCUGCAGCAGCACAUCCUCAAUCUCAACUAUACCAAGCCAGCUACACCCUGCACGACCCCUGACCCUAGCACCAACGCAGCCGCCGCCGCCGCCGCUAACCCCAAACCCUCGCCCGAGACGACAACCACCUCCUCGGCCCCGGUCUCCGUCGCUACCUCUGCGCCUGUGUCCAUCACCACGGCUACCCUGACGCCCAACCCCACACCGACGGCCACGGCUCUGCCAACCCCUGUCCAGACUCCCACGCCCACCCCCACCCCCACCCCCACCCCAUCGUCUCCGUCUCCACCCACGCCCACCCCCACACUGACCCCAUGCACAGUGGCCAGGCCUCUUCCCAGUCCUGCCACAUAA